UUACGUUUUAUCCUUUUUGUAACUUUUUUAUUUUAUUUGUAGUUUGUAAGUUUUAGCAAAUUUUCACAAGUCCUUGAUGUAUUGAAAUGCCACCUUCGCUUAUAUUUAAUACCUAGUACCUAUAAUGGACCCCUACGAAAUUGAAUUCAUAGGAGAAAAUAGAAUCAUAAGUAUAAUUCCAAACUUCUCUUACGACAAAAUAUAUUUAAUUAGCGGAGAAUUUGGACCAUUUCGAGCGGGUUUACCCAUGAACGUCCCAUUAUGGUUAGCUGUAAUGUUAAAACAAAAACAGAAAUGUAGGAUAGUCCCACCAGAAUGGAUGGACAUGGACAAUUUAGAAAAUAUUAAGGAGGAAGAAAAGAAGUCCAGGUUCUUUACCAAAAUGCCUAAUGAACAUUACAUGGUUGAAGCAAAACUUAUACUAGGCGCGGCCUUGGAAGAUGUACCAAAUGCUGCGGAAAUAAAAACAAUAAUCAAAGAUAUUUGGGACAUUAGAAUGUCCAAGUUACGGACAUCUAUGGAUGCUUUGAUGAAGUCUGGAGGCUCUUAUGGUAGAUUGGAUCAUCUUACCAUGAUGGAAAUCAAUUCAGUCAAACCUCUUUUACCAUCAGCAAUGGAUGAGCUGUUGAGAAUUCAAAUGAUGUCCAAAAAAUCAACUCCCUCAACAUUAAACAGUUCAACAUUCAGUCAAUCGGGGACCUCCCAGAACAUUUGAAACUAAAAUUCUUGUGGAGGCAAAAAUGGAAAAUUAAUAAUAAGAACAUUACAAACACCUGGUGUAAAUAGAAAGUCAUUCUGUAUUUGUGAUAUAAGGCUGAGUUUGUUUGUUUAGAAGAGCUCAUCUCAUUAACCGAUUUCAAAAGGUCUUCCAUCAUUUGAUAUGCACUAGUUUGUGAUACCAGAGUCUUAUAUAUAAAAUUCUCGUUUCACAAUGUUAUUUACCUUAUUCCUCCGAAAUAGGUGGACCGAUUCAAAUGAAAUUUUGUAUGCAUAUUGGGUAGAUCUGAGAAUCAGCCAACAUCUAUUCCUUAUAACUAUAAAUGAUAGAAUAAGGCAGAACAGCGUUUUCCGGGUCAGCUAGUAGUGUUAUAUAUGUCAUGUACCACUACUAGUGAUCAUGUUAUAAAGUUUUGCUAUAUUCUUACAGAAUGUCAUUCAAUUUGGUCACAUUGAUUUAACAAAUGUAUUUACAUAAGAGUGUAUUGUAAAAUUUCAACUACAAUCAAUAAUAUAUUUAAAGAAGUAGCUAAAAGAACAGCCACUAUUAGCCAACAAAAUAAAAAUAGAAAAAAAAAUUCUCUAAUCAUUGGAUAUAACAAUGUAAUCAUUCCCUUAAUAAGUUAAUAAAUGAAGAGAAGAAAUAAGAAUUAUUGCCCAUAUAUAAGCAUAGUUUCUCAUCAUUAAAAUAAAAUAAU